AUGUUUUCCGUCAUCAUCCCCGGCCGACCCUGCCUGACGGACAUCGUCGCCGUCGACGGCCAGCCCAACGGUCAACCCACCAAAUUUGCCUUUACCUUCCCGCAGACGCCCGCCUUCGACGAGCUAGUCGUCUUCUUCCUCCCAGGCACCGUGCUGCCCCCGGACACCGCCGCCGCCAUCUACCUCCAAUUCCCGGAGUCGACCGCCGCUGCCCCGCAGUUCCGCUUCAUCGGCGCAUUAGCCAACGAACGGCCCUCCGCCGUCUUCAAAGUCCACCCGCCUUCCCCGGAAAUGGCGUCCUCGCUAUCGUCCGCGAUGGUCACGCUGGGAAUCUCGAUCGAGCCCGUGCAGGCCGUCGCGCCGCAGCUCGCCGCGCUGGAGGCGGAGGAGACCAACAACAACCCGGGGUCAUCGAUGGCGCUGACGACCGCCACGCGACCACCCAUCAGCACUAAGGUUCUGGCGCAGCGGAUCAUCGGGAAUGCGUUCAACUUCCUGGCGAGCUUUGCGUCCUCGGAUAAGGGCCAGGAUGUGGUGCCGCUGAAGAGCUUUCAGGAUUGGUGGAAGAAGUUUGAGAGGCGGGUGGAUAUGGAUCCGUCGUUUUUGGAGAGGGAAGAUCCGACAGCUACGGGCUGAGCGGUGCAGCACAGCAUCAGGGUGGGGACUUGUGGACUUCGACCACGGGAAUGAAUUUAGGGGCAUUUUCGCUGGGGUUGACGGGUUUUGU